GUAAUUAACAGGUGGCAUGUGUGACUUUGAGGCUCAAGUUUUGAGCCCGUUCAAGUUCGUCAAAGUACGUGCUUGACUUUACGAAGUCGAACCGAGAUCCACACUCGAUGGUGUACCAGCCGGUUUUCAAACUGGCAUAUUUCCUUGGUACGCUUUUGGUCAGCGGAGAAUUUGUUGGCGAAUCUGCUUGGGAUUCAUCAAUCUUGUUGCAGUCAGCAAAACAGAAGCAGCGGGAAGAGCACACACAGCACAUCGACAAAAGCACAUCGUCGAAAACGGAUGUGUCAAAACUCGCUACCAAUCAAGUGCCAUCCUUGCCAAUUGCCACAGCAGAGUUGCUUGAAAUCGAGAAGAACUGCCGCACCGGUGUUUCAGUGCUGUCGGUUCCACAUCAAGCCAUGCAAAUCGUGAUCAUGUCUAGCUCUUCGCCGCUGGAAUUCCAUGCUCUCUACAGUGAGGGCACCACAGAGACAGAUGCCCCACCUGGAAGCACACACAGUGCCGCGGCAAAGGCGUGGACAGCGCUUGCUCUCAGUUCCAACAAGGCCGCCUUAACUUCGCGGAGCAUGGGGCAAUUGUAUAGCCAGUCUUUGGCGGACAUGCAAAGGAAGAUGAAAUCGAAGAAUCUCAAGGAUCCAGGAAUCAAUACUCUUCCUGGAGGUGUUCCCCUUUACAAAGAGCAGCAGCUGAUUGGUGCUGUUGGUGUGAGCGGAAAAGUUGCAGAGAGUGACAGGCUAGCGAAGCUAGCUGAACAACUUGCGGCUGCCUGUGCCACCGGAUUUGAAGCUCCUGAUGCGAUUCAACUUGGAACGCCCUAUAUCAACGUCACCAACCCACUUCCAGGCACGCUCCAACCAGCCCCAAGGAAAGGAUCAGGUGCAAGUCCACCAAACCUUCCACUUUUCUUAGCCAACUUUCUGCUUGGAUGAAGGAGACAGACCUCGUUCGUCAAGUGAGCAAUGCUGCAAGCCAUGUUGCUUAGGUGCUAUUUAUGCCUAGACUUCGCUUAGUUAGUAGAUAGUGCAAUCCACAACAGAUGAAUUGCCAAGCAGGUAUCCUCACUUGAGGGUGUAGCCAGGAGCUUUUUAGGAGGAA